AUGAAUGCUGCUCAAAAUGAUAGGCGCCAUCAGCAGAAUCUCCGUUGGCGACAGGACAGAGAUGAAAUAAGACAGCAGGCACAGGCAGAGGUAGAGGUUAUGGCAGCUAGAAUGCAGCCUCCACAGGUACCUCACAUUCCUAAUGAACCUGCUCCACCUGCUCCCGUGCCUCCCGCUCCUGCAUAUGGCCCUAUUCAUUAUGAGGGUGCAGUUGGACCUCAGAACUUUAAUGAUCCCCUCCGCUACUUUGUGCCUAAUCCUGUACCACCUUUGCAUGCUCUGCCUCAACCUGAUUACCAUCAGUUUAACAUCCAGUUUCAUCACCAUUUCCAGCAAGAAGAGAUGGAAAAUGAACAGAUUAGAAAUGACUUUCUUCAGAGACAAGCACAAGAGGCAUUUCAUCAACAGCAGAUUCAGCUGGAAUUGCAGCAGCAGGAAGCUAGGUGGAGAAAUAGAGAGGCUCAGUAUGCUUUUGAAAUACAGCAGCAGGAAGUUGAGUGGCACAAUAGACAAGCUCUGGAGGCUCAUCGCAUACAGCAAGAGGAGGCUGAGCGGGCUAAUAGACAAGCUCAGGAGGCUCAUCGCCUACAGCAGGAGGAGGUUGAGCGGGCUAAUAGACAAGCUCAGGAGGCUCAUCGCCUACAGCAGGAGGAGGUUGAGCGGGCUAAUAGACAAGCUCAGGAGGCUCAUCGCCUACAGCAAGAGGAAGCUGAGCAGGCUAAUAGACAGGCUCAGGAUAUUCAGCAAGCAGGUCAACAGGCAGAAGAGCGCCAACACCGCCAGGAGCAGAGGGAUCAUGAGCAACAGGAGCGUCUUGAAGAGGCAUUGCGUGAAUAUGAUAAUCCUGCUUCUCAGCACCAGCACGAAGAUGACGAGGAAAGAAGAAGAACUCAGGAGCAAGAACUGUCGCCGGCAGUGCGAUGCAGAGGAUGA